AUGUUGUGUGUUAGCCGAGUGUCGGGCGAACCGGUCCUCGAGCUGGGAGAAGACGAGUUGGAUGCAUUGACAUCAGAUGGCGGUAGUGCAGUGCGGGCAGUGAAGCAACGUUUGAGGCAGGUAACAGGGAUUGGCAUCUUCAGGCAGUCGCUGGUUCAUGAUGGUUGCAUGCUGGAGGAGAAGGAUAAGUUGAAGUUUCCAAUGGACCUGCAGCUGGUGGUCACGUCAUGCUCGGCCAAAAUGUCUGCAGCAGAUUUUCGGGAAAUGCAAAAUGCUGUGGGCGAGAAUGACACACACCGGCUCGAGGCUGUGCUGCAGAAAGGUCAUGACCCGGAUGCAACAGAUGCUGAGCACCAGACGUCCUUGCACAUCGCGGCUUCAUGGGGUCACAUGGCCUCCACACGUUUGUUGAUAGAGGCCCGCGCAAACCUUGGCAUCAAGGACUGCAGAGGUUCGACUCCUCUGCGACUUGCACUCAAGGACAACAACCUGGAGCUCGCCGGCUUGCUCAUCUCAGCUGGUGCAGGGAUCAGCGGAGCUCAGCGUGAGGCUUUCGAACCCGGCAACUUGGAAGUCGCCAACUUGUUGCUGCAAGCAGGCAUUGAUGUGAACGAGCCGGGUGAUGAUGGCAGAACGCCCCUACACUGGGUGUGCCUUCGUGGUCAUUUGACGGUUCUGCAUCUUCUCUUGGAAGCGCGGGCUUCGAUCAAUGCUACCGAUUCCCGAAAUGCCUCACCGCUUGUUCUCGCAGCUGACUGGGGGAAGGCGGCUGCAGUACAGAUGCUCAUUGAGGCGGCAUCAGACUUAGAUCAAGCGACGGCCAGCGGAAAAACUGCUCUCCAGAUUGCACUGGGCAACCGGCGCUUAGACAUCGCGCGACGGCUAUUGGAAGCUGGGGCUGAUUGGAGCCCGUCUCCAGAUUCGCAUCAAGCACCGGCCUUGCUAAUCGCAUCCGAACAGUUUGACUGGUACAUGGUCCGUUUAUUGCUGGAUGCAAGAGCCAGCGUAGAUGCUGUUGAUGCUCUUGGGCGGACAGCUUUGCACCACGCAUUUCAGAAGCCGCAGGACGUAGAAUCCAUGGACAUGGCCCGCUUGCUGAUAGAAAGGACAGCAGAUGUGAACAAGACGCGCGAUGCGGAGGGCUGCGCCCCUUUGCAUUGGAUGUCACAGGCUGGCAGGUCAGACAGGGUGCCUUUUCUGGUGGAGGCAAAGGCCGAUCUCAACCUAAAGAAUUGCAGAGCCGAGACGUCCCUGCACUUGGCAAGCAGAAGUGGCCACCACGGAGUCAUCAAGCAGUUGCUGGACAACGGAGCAGAGACAGACUUGGCUGCUGCUGGCUGUGGCAACCUUGAGUGCACUCGACUGCUGAUCCAGGCUCGUGCUGAUGUGAACAGGGCCAGCUUAGCCAACGGAGCCACGCCUGGGAGCCCUAUCUAUGGUGAGACGGUGCUCCGGCAGCUCGCCACGCCCGUUACGCCGGAUCUACAGGCGCCUUUCUCCUUGGAUGCCCCGAACGUGGAAGGACGCCUGUUCCCGGUCCGGGGAGACAAACUUCCGCGGGUUUGGCGGCAGCGUCCCUUUAACAAUCUGCAAGGUCAGAGAUACUCCCUUGGCGCCUGU